AUCGACUGCUAGGUCAAUAUUUUGGCACAUCCAUACCCAGUUUGAUCAGAUCAACUGGACGUUUUAUGUAUAUUGUGUUUCAGUCAGAAGGAACCAUCACAGGAACUGGAUUUAAUGGAACUAUUCAUGCCCAAGGUUAGGAAAUAGGAUUUGUUUUAUAUAAGCGAUUCCCACAUUUUGUUCAAAUUACACACUUAAACAAAUUAUUUUUUUAUUUUUUUGUUGUUUCAGCAAGGAGCAGCAUGUAGAGAAAAUAUUAUUAAAUUAGGUUAUGGCUUAAUUAUGCCUGUAUUUUUUAUAUCUAAUUUUUAUGUAAAAUGCACACAAAAUACUUUUAUAUUUCUCUUUUUUUAAAUAUUUUUUUCACACAUAUUAAACUGGGCGACAAAAAUAAUGUGCUGCUGAAAACAGUUGUUUUCUGUAGAUAAUUGAGAUAUUAAAACAAAGGGACGAGAUAGUGAGCCAAGAAUUUCCUGACAUUCAGAGAAAUAGCUUUAAUUUCUUAAUGGAUGAAACAAAAAAAAUAAAAUAUUACCUAUUAACUUUUACAAAUAUUAUUUUACUUAAUGACAUGAUAUAGAGAUUAAAAGUAAAAGUUACCAUGAAAAUAAUAUAUUAAGAACAUGAUAAGUAGCAGCUUCAAUAACAACACAAAACAAUGAGUGUAUGUUUUGGGAAUGUUAGCAGACCUUUUAUCAUAAUAAUAUAUAACUUAUUUAGAGUAAGGCCAGUAAUUUGCUAUUUAUUUAUGAGCUGUUUGAAUAAUUAAGGUUAAAAAGAGAUUUUUUUUUAUGUUUCUCCGGGGUGAAAGUAAAAUUCUUGCUAAAUUAUUUAAAUUUAAUAUAAAAUUCUUAGAAUAAUUUUUCAUUCAAGCUACUGUAUAUUACUCAGUGUUUUAAUUUUCUGUGAUAUAAAAUUUAAGGCCCAGUAUUCAGAAUACAAUUUUUUUCCUUUAUUUUCUGCAUAACAUAAAUUUAUAAUUUCAAUUUUACAGACUGUCCCAACUUCUUUUAUGGCCAAGAUGAAUGCACUAAUCCCUGUAUAUGUAAGGUAACAAACACUGCAGAGUGCAAUAAUAUUAAUGGCGCCUGCUUUUGUUUCCCUGGAUGGACUUCCACUGAUUGUUCUGUAGAUAUUAAUGAAUGUGAAAAUCCAAACAUCUGUAGACGUACUGAGAAAUGCAUCAACACACCUGGAAGCUAUAGAUGUGUAUCAGGUAAAUUUAAUAUUAUACAGUUUUAAAAGCCUAAAACGUUAUUGGUUUUUAUGUUUGUGGAGCUGUAAGAGCUACAAUAAAACUUACGAAAUCUUGUUGCUAAGCAUGAAAGUGGUAUAUGUGUGGCUUAUGUUGCUAUUAUGUUGGGGAUGAAUCAACAGUUUGUACAAUUUUGAAAAAUAAAUAAAAUAUUAAAGCAGCUGAUUUAGUAAAUGGGCUUACAACAGUGACCUCUAGGAGAUAUAAAAAAAAAAAAAGUAUGGAAGAGUUUGGGUUAAUGAAAAAAGAAUGGUUGUUAUUAGCCCUAUCAUUUAUUAAUAUUCAACGAUAAAAUCUAGUGUGUUUACUAUUAAAAUAUUUGAUAAUUCAAGUUUGUGGGACCCAAGAAUGUAUUAAUCCAGUUUCUAUUAUUUUAAGGAGGGAAAAUUGUCUUGGAACUCAAACACUUUGAACCCAAAUGGGUUUCUGGAAUGGAUUAAGUUCAGCUUCCAAGGUAUCAUUUACUUAAAAACAUUUGAACUUAUAUUUUUCUAUCUCUCAGAUUGUAAUAAAGUUUUCUCUGGAAUAACUGGCAACAUUGAAACCAUCGAUUACCCUGAUUAUAUUCUAGACCUGGCUACAUGUAACUUCACCAUAACAGCAAUGCCACAGGAAGUUGUUACAUUUAAGUAAGCACAGUUUAGAAAAAAUAAUAAUGCAACACAUUUAAAGUUUUCUAAAAGAAAAGGAAAGUCUCUUCACAUGCAAUAGAAGGAGCUAUUACAGUGCUUCCAUUCGUACUGCAAUAAUUUCUGAUAUAAAAAAAAAUCAGAAUAUGUGGCUCAGAUAUUAUAUUUUAAAUACAACUGAUUUAAACAUACAAUAUUUCAACGAUUACUGUGAAUUACACAAUUAGUUAUUGAAGAUAAAUUUGUUUUAAAGUAUAUUUUAAAAUGUCAACAAGCCAAAAGUGGUUGGCCUACAAAAACUUCAUUGAAAAAAGUAAAUGAUGUUUACCAUGGUGCCUAUUAAAAGUUAUAGGUACCACCCUUUCUAAAAUUUAAACUGCAAAAAAACAACAUAUUAACCAAUUUAGCAAUUUAAAUUAUACAAUUAAAAGAAAGAAAACUUAGGCCCUUUUUGAUAAUUUCUAAAAUUUGCUCUCAAGGAUUGAGAAGGGCGAUUUCACAUUGCUAGAGACCGCCAACUGCAAUUUGGAUUGGC